GCGAAUACAUGUUUAGAAAAAUUAUGAAUUUUAAUAAUUUAUUAAUUUUGAUUUGUUUGUCAUGUUUUUAUCUUCAGGUGUAUUCAACAUAUAUUGCUGGAGUUUACGAACAGCAUUUGGAUGAUCAAUGGAUCAAUAGAUCCGUGGAGUAUAAUUUAAAAACAUAUAAUUCGGUUGCAUCUGACGCUAAGAAAUUGGGAGUGGAUAUAUUAGUAUUCCCUGAAGAGGGAAUAUAUCCAGAUCCAGAUCGAAAAGCACUUACUAAUUUUUCAUUGUACGUUCCAAAUCCAGUUCAGAAAAUUAGUCCAUGUUAUUACAAUAAUUUUUCUAGCGUGUUGAAAAAUUUAUCGUGCUUAGCGAAACAGUAUGAAAUGUAUAUCGUGGUUAAUGUUAAUGAAAUAUUUGAUUGUAACAAUAUCACACAAAAAGAGUUAAAUGAUACUCGUGAUUGUGGCUUAGAUAAAGUAUACUUUUUUAACACAAAUAUUGCUUUUGAUAGAAAUGGAACAGUCAUCGCAAGAUACCGCAAGCAUAAUUUAUUUGGAGAAUAUGGAGAAGUUCUAUUGAAUUCAACAAUUGUUCCUACAAUUUCUAUAUUCAACACUGAUUUUAAUGUCAGCUUUGGACUGUUCACUUGUUUUGACAUUCUAUUCGAUAAACCAACGCUAACGUUAGUUAAAAAUUAUAAUAUCAGACAUUUUAUAUUUCCAGCAAGAUGGAUGUCAGAACUUCCAUUUUUAACAGCCUUACAAAUUCAAGAUGGAUGGGCGUACGUAAAUAAUGCAACUCUGUUAGCCUCAAAUGUAAAUGAUCCUAAAUAUGGAUCAACUGGUUCUGGAAUUUUUCAAGCCCGUACAAAGAACAAUGUUUAUUAUGCAACAGAAAAAGAAGAAUCGACAUUGAUUAUUUCAGAAGUAUCAAAAGAUAAUCGUUAUCUUCCACACUCAAAAUAUAUUUAUAAAAUUUAUCCUAAAUUUGGAGAAUCCAUUUUAUACGAGAAUAAACAUCCACCUGCUAAUAAUAACGAAUCAAUUUCAAUACAAACGGUUCCGUAUCAAAUGAAUAAUUAUAGUUUUAAGCCGUUGCCAUUAAAUAAAGAUAAAAUACAUGAGACAGUUUGCCAAAAUACUGUUUGUUGUGAAUUUAAUGUUAGCCUAAGUCGAAAUACGAGGCUUAUGAAUUUAAAUUCGACUAAUUAUAAGUAUCAAUUCGCAAUAGGGGAUGGAGUUCGAUCAUUUAGUAGUAUGACUAACGGAGGAAUACAAUCGUGUGGAAUUGUUGCCUGUACUACAAAUAAUACUAGUGGAUUAAGGUAA